AUGACAAAUCAGUGGUCUGACUAUGAAAGAGAUCCUUCGCGCAAUGAAGAUCAUCCCCAUCGUGGCGCAGAAGGAGGCUAUGAUCGUACGGAACGAGAAACUAAUUUUGAUAAGCAGGACAUGUCGCGAUCUCGUUCUCCAGGUGGUCGGGCACCUCGCAUUGAAGAAGACACUGCUGCUGAAAAUCCAGGAACUAAUUUAUUCAUAUCUGGUAUUGCACCUCGUAUGGAUGAAAAAGAGCUCGAGGAGAUCUUUUCUCGCCUAGGGAAUGUUGUUAAAUGUAGCAUUGUCUCUGAUCCUUACACAAAAGAAUCUAGAGGGUUUGGUUUUGUUACUAUGGCUACACCUGAGGAUGCAGAUAAAGCUAUUGAGGCAGCGAAUGGUCAAGAGUAUUAUGGAAGAGUUUUUAGUGUAGAAAAAGCCCGUAGAGGUGGUCCUCGAACAUCGACUCCGGGUACUUAUAUGGGGCCUCGUAGGCGCGAUAAUUAUGCUUCUCGUCGUUCAGAUCCAUAUGGUCGAGACUAUUAUAGAGAUCGUCGCAGUGAUCGUUACGGUGAUCGUUAUGGUGAUCGUUACGGCGAUCGUUACGGCGAUCGUUAUGGUGAUCGUUACGGUGAUCGUUAUGAUGAUCGUCGUGGACCACGUAGUCAAAGUUACAGUGAUAGAUACUCUUCACGUCAUGAUCGUCGUGAAUCCUAUGAUUUCCGUCGUGAACGGUAUGAUGAUAGAGGGCAUGAUAGAGAUUUUCGUCGUGAAAGAGAAUAUCGUUAA